AUGGGUCUCGUCGGGUUGCUGUUGAUGGUUUUAGACCCAUUCAAAAUUAUAAGAAAUUAUAUUUUCAAACCGAUCGCAACGUUUGGUUUGGCAGCAGCCGAAGAAUACAAGGCGCGCAAAGAAAAAAGUAUAAACACCACGAAAAAUGUGUUUCUCAAGCUGUUUGUUGUUGUGUUGGUGGGAUUUUCUGUAGUGUGGGCCUCGAUAUUUCUGUACCUGUACUUCUACUACUCGUACAUGCCUUCCGUGUUACAUAUGAAGGAUGUCCAUCUGAAUAUACGCGACUGUCCAAGUAAUGCCAUCGACUGCAAAGCUUAUCCGACAGCGAACGUGGCGCUGACCAAUCAUCAUCGAUUUCUAAUGGUGGGACAGCCGUAUAAAAUUAUCCUUAACCUGGAAAUGCCAGAAUCUGAACACAAUGGUAAAAUAGGAAUGUUUACCGUUUGUGGUACGGUAAAGGACUAUGGAUACAUGGAAAUUGCCACAUCCUGCCGAAUGUCGAUGCUACACUACAAAUCGGAUCUAUUGAAAACCAUUCUUACAUUCGUAUUUGCACCGCUGUUGAUAUUCGGCUAUCGGGAAGAGAAGCAGCUAGUCACGGUGGAGUUAUUCUCAAAUUUUCUCGAUGAUUCGAACCAUCCGGCAACAAACAUGGAUAUCACUAUACACUGCCGAGACAUUCAAUUGUACUCAGCACAGCUACAGGUGGUAGCUAACUUCACCGGAUUACGUUACCUAAUGUUUAACUGGCCUGUCCUAUCGGCAGUGAUUGGUAUAACUUCAAAUCUGUUUUUCAUUCUAAUUGUUUGCAUAUUGAGUUGGUACCAUUGGGACGAUACGGAAUGGAUAUCCGACAUACGGGAUAGGUAUCAGCAAAUUGUGAAAGGAGCUUCAAAGGUGGCUCCAAUCGAACAAACAAAAGCACUUAAUCCGUUCAAAGAAACUGAAAAUGCAUCAAAGGAUUGGUUAAUAGACGAGGAAUAG